CGCAAGUAAGAUGGCAGAGCCCCUGGGCCUACCCGCGCUGUCACGCGUGGAGAAGCAGCUUGCCGAGCACUUUGACUCGCGCGACCUCCCCAGCCUGGGCCUCGGCUCCUUCUUGGACAUCCUCCAUCGCAACGCCCAGCUGUUGGAGGAGACUGGGGUUGUGAUCUCUGCCCUGGGUGGAUCUGGAGCCACAGCGGGAAGCUUCUGUCCCAAAGCGCGACGAGCUGCAUGGAGUUCAUCCACCAGUGCGGCAGCCUCGACACCGCAGCGCUGCCGGCCGUGGACUGCGCUGUGGGGCAGCACUACGGCGUGCAUUCCUGCCGCAACCUUGGGCACGGCCCCGUGGCCAACCUGGUAAAACUGGCGCAGAAGGCCAAGCCCGGUGGCAGCAGCGGCGGUGCCCAUCGGUGCGCCGUCUUGUACGAGGAGACGGCGCUGUGUGCUCGCGACUCGAGACAGGACUUCCUGUUGGAACGUGUCACUGUGGGCCUGCAAGGCGACGUAGGGGAGGAGCAGGCCCUGCGCUGCCUGCUCGGCGCGCCUCUGCUGGAGGACUUGGCCACGUGGUCACACUGGGAGCUGCUCUUUGAGCCUCAGCUUGGAGCGCUCAAGAAGUUCAUCGAGAGGGGCUGCUCGGGAAAGGUGGCCCAGCUGCUGGCCAAGAGUGGUUUCUCCGAGCUCCUCGCCCUGGAGGUGAAACCAGGGCUCCUGCUCCGCCUCGACCCCGACCCCUCCCCCGACAAGUUCGACGAGGCCGCCCUCCGCCACGACCCCGUGAUCGUCGCCGGGCAGCUGGUCUCCAUGGUGACAGCCGAUGGACUGGGACAUGCCCCCCUGGCCCUGCUAGCCAAUCGGAUGGAAUCUGUCCUUGCGUCUAUGGCGGUGGGCAGAGGUGCAUGUGCAGAGUCCAGCACGGAGGAUGAGGAGUCGUCGGGCAAGCUGGCCGCGAGGUUCGUCUUGGACUGCCUGUGCCGGAUUCCUCUCCGCUUGUGCAAGGCUCUGGCUCCACAGGUGCUGCUGGAGCCUUGCGGCCGCGCCCUGGGCCAGACGCGCUCCCGUGAGCUCCUGGGGCGCGUCGCCACGGACCCGCGUGACCGCCUCCGCCUGCAGCAGCUGGGUCUGCUGCUCGGCAUCACCGAGUGGAGCCGCGAGCUGCAGCGCCGAAUGCAGGCGGAGCCCCAGGCAGCGCCACGCGCGCCGCUCCGUCCCGUCGCGGUGCGUGCUCCGAACGAGGCAUUCGAACCUGCUGCUGCUGCUACUGCUGCUUCAGACUCUGACCCGACCAAUGGCAGUGAAGAGGAGGAGAGCGGAUCGGUGAAGUCCGAGUCCAAGUCAGAUUCUGAGUCCGAGGAUGAAGAGACCUCCGACUCGUCCGGGGAUGAAGAGGAGGCUUGUCAGAAGUUCGCCCUUGCGCCUUCAACCUACGAGGUGGAGGGGAACAAUGACGAGGCAAAGGAGAAGAAAGACGAGGUGGUGGAGGAGGUCGCCUCGGACGUAGUGGCCGACGCGGACGGAGCAGCCGCGUCCGAGGGUGAGAGGACAGCCGAGACGACAAACGCCGACGGAGACGUGGGGGAGGGGGAGGAGGCGCCACUCGCGGAGGAGAUCCCUCCAACUGUGGAGGAUCCGUGCAGAGCCAUCGUGGAGGACAUCCGGAGGCGCGAGUUUGGGAUCGGCGUCGAGUUGAGCGAGGACGCAACGCAGCUCAUGGAGGUGCAGCAGAGCCGCAUCGGGCGCAGCCUCGAGCGCCUGUCCUCGGAGCUCUACAGCAAAGACACGCACUUCGUCCUAGAGCUCGUGCAGAACGCAGACGACAACAGCUACCCGAGCGGGCCAGACGCGCAGCCGCCGAGCCUCCUCUUCGUGGUGGAGAACGACCGCGUGACGCUGCUUAACAACGAGGUGGGCUUCAGCGAGCGCAACGUGCGCUACAUCUGCGACAUUGGCAAGAGCACCAAGGGCAAGCACAAGUACGGCUAUAUUGGGCAGAAGGGCAUAGGGUUCAAGUCGGUGUUCAAGGUCACGGACAGGCCCGAGAUCCACUCCAACGGCUUCCACCUUCGCUUCGACCGGCGCAGCGGCCCCAUGGGCCUCAUCCUGCCGCACUGGGUGGACGAAGGGCGGGUCGAGGUGGGAGAGGGUGAGGAGGAGGAAGGCGGCCGGCGGCCUCUGGACCUCACUGGGGUGCCUGGCGAGGAGGACAGGUGGGUGGCUGCUGGCGCUGUGGGCACAGGGAAAAAAGGGUGACAUGACAUGCUUCCCUAACGUUUGCAAAGUACCCUGGGGAAGUUUUAUAGCGACCGUCCCUGGCGACAAGGUUUGUUGACCUCUGUA